GUAACCCAAAUAGUGAAAAAUAUUAUUGUGCUCCUUUCGAUUAUUUUAUCAAAAAUUAUCAACUUCGCUGUCACAAUUAAUGACCACAAUGUCUGUGAAGGAGCCUCUUUCGAGCGGAAAACCAGCCGAUUUCUCAUUUAGGCGGUUGAAAACUAUCGAUGUUCCUAAAUUUCUGGAAGUAAUAGGCCUAGAAGGGGCAAGAUAUACGAGAGUUGGGGGCGUUCCUGACCGCGGUCCCGAGAAGAAAUUCUUAACAAAAUCCCUGUGGCUAAACAAUAACAAGCUGAAGAGCACUAAAAACUUAGAUGAGCUCGUGGAAGCAGUGCUAGAGCACCCCAUUGAACUGGCUUGGGCAGAUUUCUCAUUCAACUACAUAACUGAAAUUGAUGAGAGUGUCUUAAAAUUUCCAAACCUAAAAAUACUGUACUUCCACGGCAACUGCAUCGAUAAUUUUGACGAAAUUUUCAAACUCAAAUCGUUAAAGCAUCUCAAAACCGUGACAUUCCAAGGCAAUCCUAUAUCCAACCAUCCCAGAUAUCGAAGCUAUGUGGUUUCGGUACUUCCCCAAAUCGUAAACUUGGAUUUUUCGCCGGUGUUGAGGAGCGAAAAGAUGUUUCCAAUGCCACCCGAGGCGAUCAAAAAAAUAAGGGGAGAAAGAGAAAGUAAACAAAACGUGGUCUCUAACAUAGACGAGAAACCAAAGCCAAUUUGAUUGUCAAC